CAUAAUCAAUUAGCAUCAUUGCUUCUUUAAAAAAUCACUCUAGUCCAUCAAACUGCCAGCUUUUCUAUUUAUUAGAAAAAAAAAUCAUUUUCGAGAUUAAAUACCCAUCAAUUCAUAUUAUAUUUAAUUGCGCCAAUUAUCAUCUUACUCUAAAUUCUUUUUUUUCAAUGUUUUGUGUUUUCCCCUUUUUUCAGUUUCAAAUUUUCGAAUAAUUCAUUUGAUUUUUUUUCAAUUGCGGUGAUUAUUUUUUAAAAUAUUUGAUUCAAUCAUAUUCGACUAAAUAUUUUAGACCAAACAAUUAGAACUCAAUCAAUCCGAACAAAAUGCAAAGUUAUCAAGUGAUAAAAAUUUUUGUCUUUCUAAUGGUCAUGGCCACUAUUACCGAAAUGGUGCAGCCACAAUAUCCAUAUCCAAAUCAAUCCCGAUCUCCUUAUGCUAUCGAUAAUGUUUUAUGGGAUUGUAAUUUUGAGAUUGAUGCUUGUCAUUUCCGUAAUCAACAUAAUCUUGCUCAAUUCAAUAGAUAUUAUAAUCCACGACAUCCAUUGUUUGGCCGUCGUUCAUUGUUGCUAUUGAAUUUACGAUUACCACGUGUACAACGUUAUCCGGGUGCUCGAUUGAUUACCCAUUACUAUCCGGCUAAUCAGAAAAAUGCCUGUCUAUUCAUAGGAUAUUACGCCAAUGGUGAAGGACCGGAAAAUUUUUUCGUUAUACAACAGGAUAAAGAGAAUAAAUGUAUUUUUGCUGAUCAUGAUCUUCAAACCAAAUCGAAUCGAUGGAAUGAGAUUGAAAUCCAAUUAGAUCUGAAUGAUGGUGAUCCGCGAUUCUUUUUGGAAACACAUUAUCAUCAAGGAAAAACUGGUUUCUUUGCAAUCGAUAAAUUUACAUUUGGUUAUGGUAAAUGUAAAAAUCCUGCACCAAAUUAUUGCUAAGGGAGAAAAAAAACAUGUCUAAUCAAACCAAUUAUUAUUAGUCAACAAAACAGAAAAACAAAACCGAUUGGUUCUUAUUGAUAACGAUAAAAUUUUCCAAUUUUCAAACACAA